AUGCCCCGACAGCAUGAAUCACCAGAGUCGAACAACAUUCCACGGGAAGCGACAUCUGCAGAACAGCCAACGACAACAGCUCAAGAGCGUUCUUCAACAGACGGUUCCACUCCCGCCUCCCAGCUCCCUAGAAGCCAAUCCCUGCAGAUACCCUCCACACGAACAAAUGCUGUCCCCAGCCGCUCCUCGAUUUCCCCGUCCCGCGCCGUCUCCGACGCAGGUCGACGACCGUCGCAACAGCACCAUGUUCGGUUCUCGACUGAUCUAGAACGCCCUUCGCCGGAUGAGGUCCAGCGGUCCAAUUGGGAUCGACGACCAGCCUCGAGGGGACUGACUAUUGACACGAACGUCGCCGAGAAUUCAAAUGCCAACUCGGCAUGGUCUCCGCGCUCCGCAUUGUCCCCUCCGUCCCCGCAGAGCCCUGAUGCUGGAGGUCGGUCGAGAUCCCGCCACCGUGGGUAUUCCCUGCGACGGACGAUUUUCGCCAAAACCAUCGAGUCGCAGUCGGCUGUCUCUUCCCCCGACGCGAUUGAGUUGGGUACCGCUCUGCCAGUGAGCCCCCAGCAGGCGGAAGCCUCAGCAAAUGGUCUCGCUCAGACAACGACGGCGGACGAGAACAGGCAGACAACCGCACACGAGAAACAGGAGGUGCUGGUCAUGCAAAGAUCUGCCUCGGAUGCAAAUUUGGACUUAUCCACAACCUACUACUCGGAACCUUCAGAGAACCUGAAGGAUGGCAGGCACCUUUCCACCACCUUCUCAUAUGACCGAUGGUUGAAGCGGAAAGCCGCGAUCGCCACGCUGACGCUUCGGUUGGAGACCAUGUCUAAGACGGUCCGCAAAACGAUACUUCGCAUCAAGGAAAUUCCUCCAAGCAAAGACGGGCGCCACAUCGACCUCGAUCUCACCCGCACGGAGGCAUUGAUAGAUGAAAGAACUGGAAAGCCCUAUCUAGGAAACUCUAUUCGCUCAAGUCGAUACAGCUUCUGGAGUUUCUUUCCCCGCCAAUUGUUCGCUCAGUUUACGAAGCUCGCGAACUUCUACUUCUUAAUUGUCGCGAUUUUGCAGAUGAUUCCUGGUCUGAGUACCACUGGUACCUACACCACAAUCGUCCCGCUCUUGGUCUUUGUCGGCAUCUCUAUGGGUAAAGAAGGGUUUGAUGACUGGCGUCGUUACCGAUUGGACAAAGAGGAGAACAACCGGAGUGCGCUUGUCUUGCGUCCCGGUGCUGGAAUUUUCCAUCCGGCUUCUGCCAGCGACAGCAUUUCUGUGGCUAGUGACGCGCAAGACUGGACUGAGAUCAAAUGGAAGGAUAUCAAGGUCGGCGAUGUGGUAAAAUUGGCGCGUGACCAGCCUGUGCCGGCGGAUAUGGUUCUGCUCCAUGCGGACGGACCAAAUGGCGUGGCUUAUAUCGAAACCAUGGCUCUCGACGGCGAGACGAACCUGAAGAACAAGCAGCCUUUGCAGCCGGUAGCAAAGGUGUGUGGCUCCGUUGAAGGCAUCUGCAGCAGCGCUCUACAUUUUGCGGUUGAAGACCCCAACCUCGACCUCUAUAAGUUUGAUGGCAAUGUCACGGUCGCUGCGGACGAUAAAUUGCCCCUGACCAACACCGAAGUCCUCUACCGCGGUAGCAUUAUGCGCAACACCGAAAGAGCGAUUGGAAUGGUCAUCUACACAGGAGAGGAAUGCAAGAUUCGUAUGAACGCGAACAAGAACCCUCGAAUCAAGUCGCCCUCGCUCCAGGCCAAAGUCAACCGGGUCGUCAUGUUGAUCGUGACGCUUGUUGUAAUUCUAGCUGUAGCCUGCACGAUCGCUUACAAGUAUUGGUCCGAAGACGUCGAAUCAAGAUCAUGGUACCUCUACAAGGCAAGUGUGGACAUCGGACCGAUCUUCACAUCUUUCCUCAUCAUGUUCAACACGAUGAUUCCUAUCUCAUUAUAUGUGAGUAUGGAGAUUGUCAAGGUCGCCCAGAUGCUUCUGUUGAAUUCCGAUAUCGACAUGUACGACCCAGAGACCGACACCCCCAUUGAAGCACGCACAUCAACCAUUAACGAAGAGCUCGGCCAAGUCAGUUACAUUUUCUCUGACAAGACCGGUACGUUGACGAACAAUUCGAUGCGCUUCCGCAAAAUGAGUGUGGCCGGCACUGCGUGGUACCAUGACCUUGACCUUCUUGAAGAAGCUGCCAAGGACGGCGAUCAUACUAAGCUGAUCCACAAAAAGCGAAGUACGAAGGGUAAAAAGGCGCUCAGUCGCAAGUCUAAUGUUUCGGAGGCGAGAAGACAUCCACCGAGGUCCUCCAUGUCGACGGCUACCGGUUUGCAGGGACCUAACGUCUCGAUGCGUAACAACCGCACGACAGACAUGCUCCGGUAUAUCCAGCGCAAGCCUUACACCGUCUUUGCGCGGAAAGCUAAGAUGUUCAUACUGGCCAUGGCGGUAUGCCAUACUUGUAUCCCCGAGGAUGACGAAGAUGGCAACAUCUCGUUCCAAGCGGCAUCCCCUGACGAGCUAGCUCUAGUCAUGGCUGCACAGGAGCUUGGCUAUCUAGUCCGUGACCGGCAGCCGAACACUCUGACAAUUCGGACAUAUCCCAAAGGGCUCGAUGAGCCCGCUUGUGACGAAAUUUACGAGAUUAUGGAUAUCAUCGAAUUCUCAAGCGCCCGCAAACGCAUGUCGGUUGUGGUUCGGAUGCCUGAUCAGCGCAUUUGUCUAUUUUGCAAGGGUGCCGACAGCCAUGUCAUGCGCUUGCUCAAGCGUGCCGCCCUCGCACAAGAGAAAGCAGUCGAGAUCGAGAGGCGCGCCAGCAAACGUAAGGCAGCCGAGGCUGACCAGGUCAUUCGGCGCAACAGCGAAUACCAUAGUCGCAAGGAUAGCGGCCUUCGGACUAGCUUCAGCCGGCCUAGCAUGUCGCGACGACGGUCAAGCAUUACAGGCGAACCUGUUUCGGCCCUGAGGGAGAGCAUUGACGUUUGGCUCCGAGAUAGGGAAACUGAUGGCGGUCUUUUGACGCGUGGCAACGACCCUGAGUACUAUAGCCCUCGACCGUCUGCCCAGCUGGGACGGGCAUCUAGCACACUGUCGGAUUCAGGAAGUUCUGUCCAUGAAAAUGAGGAGGAUGACUUGGUUGAGGAAGCUCUUGUUGUCAACGAGACGGCUGUGUUCGAAAGAUGUUUUCAGCAUCUUAACGACUUUGCUACGGAAGGACUGCGGACACUUCUGUAUGGGCAUCGGUUUCUCGAUGAGACUACCUACACAAGCUGGAAAAAGGCUUAUCUUGAAGCCUGCACCAGUCUCGUUGACCGACAGGAGAAGAUUGAGGCGGUGGGCGAGCAGAUAGAAAAUCAACUCGAGCUUACGGGUGCCACGGCCAUCGAAGACAAGCUUCAGAAGGGUGUUCCCGGGGCUAUCGACAAACUGCGCCGGGCGAACAUCAAGCUGUGGAUGCUUACUGGUGAUAAACGUGAGACGGCGAUCAAUGUCGGACAUUCGUGUCGCUUGGUGAAAGACUAUUCCUCUUUGGUAAUUCUCGAUCAAGAGACUGGAGAAGUCGAGCGAACAAUUGUCAAGUUCACUGCCGACAUCACCAAAGGCACAGUGGCGCACUCGGUGGUGGUCGUCGACGGGCAAACCCUCUCGAUGAUCGAAGCUGACAAGACUCUGGAAGCGCAGUUCUUCCGUUUGGCCGUCCUCGUGGAUUCAGUGAUUUGCUGCCGUGCCAGCCCCAAGCAGAAGGCAUUCUUAGUCAAUUCGAUUCGCAAGCAAGUGAAAGAUAGCGUGACACUGGCCAUCGGCGAUGGUGCCAACGAUAUCGCCAUGAUCCAGGAAGCCCAUGUCGGUAUCGGCAUCACUGGGAAGGAGGGGCUCCAGGCUGCUCGUAUCUCCGACUAUUCGAUUGCGCAGUUCCGUUUCCUGCUCAAGCUUCUCCUUGUCCACGGCCGAUGGAACUACAUUCGCGUGUGCAAGUACACCCUCGGCACGUUCUGGAAGGAGAUGCUUUUCUACCUCACGCAAGCUCUCUAUCAACACUGGAAUGGUUAUACAGGCACUAGUCUUUACGAGUCCUGGAGUUUGAGCAUGUUCAACACUCUCUUUACAUCACUUGCAGUCAUUUUCCUGGGUAUCUUCACGAAAGAUCUCUCCGCUUCAACCCUCCUCGCUGUGCCAGAACUCUACACCAAAGGCCAACGCCACGGAGGGUUCAACAUCCGGUUAUACCUCGGCUGGACCUUCAUGGCCACCUGCGAAGCCAUGCUUAUUUACUUUCUUAUGUUCAGUCUCUUCGAGAAUGUCAUGUUCACCUUCACCGGGAGUGACAUCUUCUCCGCCGGUCUCCUCACUUUCACCGCCUGUGUUAUUGUUAUCAACACGAAACUUCAAGCACUCGAAGUGCACAACAAGACAUACAUGGCAUUAGCGGUCUGGAUCAUUUCCGUCGGUGGCUGGUUCUUGUGGAACUUGAUCCUCGAUCUCCGCUACAAUCCCUCCUCUGGUGACGGCAUUUACCAUGUCCUUGGCAAUUUCGUUCACGUCUCAGGCCACGACCUAGCGUUCUGGGCUGUGUUGCUCGUGACCGUCAUCAGCGUGGUCAUCUUCGAGAUGACCGUCUCCGCCCUGCGGGCCCUCUUCUUCCCCACCGACGUCGACGUUUUCCAGGAAUACGAGCAGGACCUGGACAUCCGGAUGCGGUUUGAAGAGGCCGCCGCCCCCGAGCUUCAACAGGGCUGGGACCACGGGAAGAAGAAGUCGAGCUUCGAGCUUGCGCGGGAGGAGGCGGAAAUGGAAGCCAAGGAGCAGCACGUCCGGGAGUUGCUGGCGCGGCCCAGAGUCAUGGUCUCGCCCGCCGCCCUCAAGAAAACAGACGACGGUCCAGUGGCGACCGAGCUAGAGCUGAAAGAAGAGCAUCACCAACAUCCCCACAGAAGUAGAGCGAGCAGCCGUGAGCCAGAAGACGAAGAAGCGAUCGAAUAUCCCGAGGGAACCAAGACCCCGCGCCGCUCCGUCGAGAUCCACGAGCUCUUCUCUAAGGGAUACGGCGCCAUCCGGAAAGGCCACUUGAAGUGA